AUGGUAUGGCCCUUUGGCAGUGGCCAGGGCGCCGAUGCGAAUCGUCAGGAUGAGCGGGCAUCGACACGCACGACUGACAUCCCCCCCUCCGACGCUCGACAGCCAGUCUCAUGGACCGACACGAUAGGCCAGCCGGCCAAGGCCUUCGGCGCAGCGCAGGAGUGGGCUCCCGUGGUGGUGUGCUCGCUGGCGAGCAUGGGAGCACUGCAGCUGUACGCAAACUACCUCCGGCGGAUACCGGGCGCGGCGUUCGUUCGGCCGUCUUUCUUCCGGAGCAGGAGUCUGUUCGGGCGGGUGACGAGCGUGGGGGAUGGAGACAAUUUCCACCUGUUCCAUACGCCGGGGGGUAAAGCCGUGGGGUGGGGAUGGCUACGGAGCGUCCCUACGGGGAGGAAGCAGCUCAAGGACCGGACGAUAUCUGUCCGACUAGCUGGCGUCGAUGCCCCUGAGGGAGCUCACUUUGGUAAGCCAGCGCAACCGUUUUCGUCCGAGGCCCUCGAGUGGCUUCGAGCGUACAUUCACAACCGUAACGUCCGGGCGUACCCAUACAAGCGAGACCAAUACAACCGUAUCGUGGCGACAGUAUACGUGCGGCGGUUCCUGCUACGCAAGAAUGUAGGGCUGGAGAUGGUCAAGAGGGGACUGGCCACCACGUACGAGGCCAAGUCCGGAGCCGAGUUUGGCGGAUUGAAGGAUGUCUACGUCAAGGCCGAGGCUAAGGCCAAGAAGAAGCGUCUUGGUAUGUGGUCUGGUAAGGCGAGCGAGUUCGAGAGCCCUAGGGAGUAUAAGACCAGAUGGGCUGGCCAGGAUCAGGGAGGUAAGUGA